UCAGUGCUUACUCCCCGUCUGGCGGUAGCGGUUUCAUUCUCACAGUUACAAAUUGGGGGCUGUGAGGAUGGCGACGUUAGUGGAAACAACAGUAGACUCUGAGCCUACUUGUAGUAGCAAUGCAGUGCCGUCUCCAUCAUCUUCAAACCUUUCCCACCGGUUUCUCGACAAUAAAUUCUAUUUGCUGGUGGUUAUCGGAGAGAUUGUUACCGACGGUCACCUGAGGUGUGCCAUUGCAGAUAUACAGCGAGGAAUCCGCUCUUGGGACACAAACCUCAUUGAAUGCAACUUAGAUGACGAACUGAAACUCUUUGUUUCUCGACAUUCUGCACGAUUUUCUCCUGAUGUUAGAGGUCAGAAAAUCCUGCACCACAAAAGCAAUGUCCUGGAAACAGUGGUUCUCAUGAACCCAUCAGAUGAAGCUGUCAGCACAGAGGUGCGAUUGAUGAUCACAGACACUGCUAGACACAAACUACUGGUUCUGUCAGGACAGUGCUUUGAAAACACAGGGGAACUCAUUCUGCAGUCUGGAUCAUUCUCCUUUCUGAACUUUAUAGACAUCUUUACUGAUCAGGAGAUUGGUGAAUUGCUUAGCACCAUACAUCCUGCCAACAAAGCAAGCCUAACCCUGUUCUGCCCUGAGGAGGGGGAUUGGAAGAACUCAAACCUGGACAAACACAAUCUGCAGGACUUCAUCAACAUGAAGCUCAACUCAUCCUCAAUACUGCCUGAAAUGGAAGGACUUUCAGAGUUUACAGAAUACCUCUCAGAGUCUGUAGAGAUUUCAUCUCCAUUCGACAUCCUAGAACCACCAACCUCAGGGGGCUUUUUAAAGCUCUCAAAGCCAUGCUGCUAUAUUUUCCCUGGUGGGAGAGGAGACUCGGCCCUGUUUGCGGUCAACGGCUUCAACAUGCUCAUUAAUGGAGGGUCAGAUCGCAAGUCCUGUUUCUGGAAGCUUGUGAGACACCUGGAUAGAGUGGACUCUAUACUUCUGACACACAUUGGAGACGACAACCUUCCUGGAAUCAACAGCAUGCUACAGCGGAAAGUAGCAGAACUAGAGGAAGAGCAGUCACAGGGAUCUACUGCCAAUAGUGACUGGAUGAAAAAUCUCAUCUCCCCCGACCUGGGAGUGGUGUUUCUAAAUGUUCCCGAGGACCUGAGGAACCCAGAGCCGAAUCUUAGGGUCAGAAGAAGCAUCGAGGAGGCUAGUCUUACACUGCAAUACUUGAAUAAAUUAUCUUUAAAACCAGAACCACUUAACAGAGGUGUCGGAAAUGCUAUAGAUCCUAUCAUUCUCUUUCAGAAAAUGGGAGUGGGGCGAUUAGAAAUGUAUGUGCUAAACCCAGUUAAAAACAGCAAGGAGCUUCAGUAUUUUAUGAAGCAGUGGACUGGCAGCAGCAAAGACAAAGCCUCUGUCUUGCUCCCAAGCGGCAAAGAAUCUGAAAUUCCAGUCUCUUACUUAACCUCAAUUUCAUCGUUGAUUGUAUGGCAUCCAGCUAACCCCACUGAAAAGAUAGUACGUGUUUUGUUUCCAGGCAAUGCAUCUCAACACAGUAUACUAGAAGGCUUGGAAAAACUUAAGCAUCUGGACUUCCUAAAGCAGCCAGUGGUCAGCCAGAAAGAGCUAACUGCAAACAUCGCUGCGCCAGGUCUGAAACAGGCUAAGCUGAAACACAAGACGGACAGUAUUGAAAGCCUAAAAUCAGCAUCCAGACCAUCAUCAAGCAGAGGAGUUAGGAAAGAAUCAAAAGAAGAGCCGUCAGAGGCAGCAAAAGUAGACACACAAGAAAAGACCCAAACAACAGAGAAAAAGGUAAAAACAACCGUGAAAAAAGAAAAACCAAAGCCACUGGUGACAGAGAAAGAGGCCAAGUCAAAAUCAGACCAACCACUUCAAACAGAAACCCCAGACAAGCACAAGGCUGACAUAAAACCAAAAGUGGUAAAGGAAAGAGUAGUUAAAAAGGAGGCCAAGGCCCAGAAAUCUGAAGAAAAGAAAAAAGAAGUAAAGAAGGAGGCAGCUAAGAAAGAAAUUAAAAAGGAAGAGAAGGCUAAAAAGGAAGAAAUAAAGGAGUUGAAAAAAGACCAGAAAAAGGAAGUGAAAAAGGAAGUAAAGAAAGAGGUGAAGAAGGAAACACCAAAGAAGGAGGUUCCAAAAGAAGAGAAGAAAGAAUUGAAAAAAGAAGACAAAGACCUUAAAAAGGACAUGAAGAAAGCCCCGAAAGACAUGAAGAAAACUGCCACACCUCAGGCUGAUGGCAAAAAGCCUGUGCCAAAACCAAAAGUCCAAAAGAAAGAAGAGUCAUCAAGGAAGGAUCUAGGAAGCCCAGGAAAAACCAAAGAGAAGGGAAAGAUCAAGAGUACCAAGAAAGGCAACAAGCCCAGUGAGUCCAAACUUGUUGUCGCUGCAGCAGCCGGGGCGAUGGCUAGUGUAGCAGCUGUGACAGCCACAGUGGAGGCUCUUGAAGCUGAACGGUCACUUAUGUCUACACCUGAGGAUCUCACUAAAGACUUUGAAGAACUCAAAGCAGAACAAAUAACAGAAGAUGUAGAGAGCACGCCACCGCAAGAGCAACCAGCAGAAGAUGAAGAAGCUGUCAUGGUGCAACAUGAGGAAAUAAUGGUCAUCAAAGAAUCUGAGGAGCCUGUUGAAUCUCCUGAUGAAGGGAUAACAACCACAGAAGUUGAGGGGGAGUGCGGACAGACCCCCGAUGAACUGGAGUCCCGAGAGAACAUCAAUGAUGACAUCAAUGAGAAGUUUGAAGAUGAGGGCACUGGUUUUGAAGAAUCGUCAGAAGCUGGAGACUAUGAAGAAACAGCAGAGACUGAGGAGGUAGAAGAACAGGAGGAAGUUGUGGAAGAAAGGACAGAGGACAAGCAUGAUAAUGUGAUGAAGGGAGAAUUAGUUGAUACAGAAGCAGAAGAUCUUGCUGAAGCAGAUGAACAAGCCAAACCUGAACAUGUGUUGGAAAAGGGAAAAUCCAGGGAUUCUGAAUCAGGAGAGGAUCAAGCAGAGGAAGAUUUAGAAGAAACACUUGUAAAGGAAGGGGAAGAAUCUGAGGAAGAGGAGGCAGAAGAGGAUGAAGAUAAAGAUAUUAAAGAAGAAAGGGAUGUAGAUGAAGCUGAACAAGACACAAGAGAUUUUGAGAUUGAGGAAACAAAGGAAAAACACAGUUUGCCUACUACAACUCCACCCAAAAUGCCUGCACCUCAGUCCCCUGUCAUUGAGCAUGCAUCUAUUCAUGAUGAAACUCUACCAGCUGGUUCUGAAAGUGAAGCCACAGUGUCUGAUGAAGAGAAUCGCGAAGAACCACCUGAAGAAUUCACAGCAACUUCAGGUUAUACACAAUCUAUAAUUGAGAUUUCCAGUGAGCCCACACCAAUAGAUGAAAUGUCAACACCAAGAGAUGUUAUGAGUGACGAGACCACCAAUGAGGAAACCGAGUCUCCUUCUCAGGAGUGUGUGAAGUUUGGAAUGACAGCGUACUCCAGUGAGCAUGACAGAACCAAACUCUCUCCUCUUCCUGAUAGCUUUAAUGAAUACUCGUCAGAUCAUUCGAAGAGCGAAGCCACUGAAGGUAAUGUUUAUCAUCAUUCAGCCUCUACAAUAUCACCACCUUCAUCAAUGGAGGAAGACAAAGUCUGCAAAACACUGCCUAGUGAAAUCCUUACUCCCAAAGAAAACGAAAGUGAAUAUGGGUUACACCUGGAUACUCGGGAUAAGUUGUUUCUCGACACAAGAUCUAGUCCCGCUCCUCUCUCACCUCAAGCAAAAACACCUACAAGUGAGCGUAGUGUAAACUUUGAUUUGACUCCAACUGCAAUUGCAGCACCAAUUGAACUGGGAACCACCCUUUCUGAAGUCACCAGUGAUGCGAUGGAUCACUCUGCCAGUCCAGAUGACAAGACCAUAGAAGUUGCUUCUCCUACACAAUCUGUUCCUGGAAGUGCAGGUCACACACCCUAUUACCAGUCACCUGUGGAUGAAACGACAAGCUCUGUGCCCACUGCUGGAAAGACCCCAGGUCCAUUUAUAGUCGAAGUAACUGAUGAAAAAGGUGAACCUUCAAACAACAGAGUUAGUCCAAUGGAUGAACCUGUACCUGAUUCUGAGUUCCCCGUUGAAAAGGUCUUGUCUCCUCUUCGUAGUCCACCUCCACUGGGAUCUGGAUCUCCAACAGAAGGGUCACCAAAUGUUGAUGCGAAGUCACCCUUUGACAUUUCUGAACCGUCAUUAGAUGUCAAGCAUGGUAACAAUAAGUCACCCAGUAGCUUAAAUCCCUUUGUCGACUAUUCUUCAGUGAGUUCAGUUUGUGUUUUACAGGAAAAGCAAGAAGCAGCUUGUCUGGAUUUGGAACCUGGCAAAGACAUUUUCAGCCCAGAGAAUAAACUGCAGGAUAGUGCAUCUGCUAAAAGCAAAAGCUUGGAACCUUUUCAGGAAAUUAAAUCUACUGAUCUAUCACCCAUUUCAGUUGAUGCUAACCAGUUUGGUUAUUUCAAAGAGGAGAGUAAAAUGUCAAUUUCCGAAGGAACAGCAUCAGACAAAUCAGCCACUCCAGCUGACGAGGUUGUAGCAGAGGACACAUUUUCUCAUAUCGAAGGAGUGGCCUCCACGUCAACUGCCUCUCUCGCUACAAGCUCAUUCCCUGAACCCACAGCAGAUGAUGUCUCUCAUUCGCUCCAUGCUGAAGUGGGCUCCCCACAUUCAACUGAAGUAGAUGACUCUUUGUCUGUAUCUGUAGUACAGACACCCACAGCAUUCCAGGAUACAGAGAUGUCUCCAUCUAAAGAAGAGUGCCCAAGACCAAUGUCAAUUUCUCCAGAUUUCUCACCUAAAAUAACAAAAUGCAGAGCCCCUAUACAGGACUUACAGUCCCCAGAGCAGUCCACCAUGUCAGUAGAAUUUGGUCAGGAGUCUCCUGAUCAUUCUUCAGCUUUAGACUUCAGCAAACAGUCCCCUGAACAUCCAGCAGUCAGUGCAAACCUCCUUCACAUCACUGAGAAUGGACCCACUGAAAUUGAAUACAGUCCUUCUGAAAUGCCAUAUACCAAAUUUGCAGAUCAAUCCAUGCCGCCAGUUGAGAAACCCAUACUUUUCCAGGGAGAAGGUUCUCCACAUGUAGCUUCAACAUCUCCAAAAGAGUCUCGUUUGCCCACCCCACCUGCUCACUCUCCAUUACAAGUAACAGAACCAUGUGCUCUUUCAUCAUUUGUCAGUGGUGGUUCACUAGCCCCAGAGAGUUUGACACAUAUGUUUGAGGAAACUUUACAGCAGCAGGACAGAGAGUCGCCUGUUACACCCAGAGCAGCUUCCCCUACCCACUCACCACAUUCCUCUGAUUCAUCAUUAAUCUUAGGAAGCUCAAUAAUACCGGAAAGUAUCCCCUAUAAGGCAGAGGAACCUUCACAAAUGCAGGAGAAGUCUCCUACCACCCCAAAAGCAGAAUCUCCUGCAUGCUCUCCACUUUCUUCAGAUUCGUCAUUUAUUAUGGAAAGCUCAAUUACACCUCAAAGUUUGCCAGUUAAAGUUGAAGAACCUUCACAACAACAGGACAAGUUUUCAUUCAGUCCCAAAGUAGCUUCCCCUGCAUACUCAGCACUGUCCUCUGAAUCGGCAUUGUUCUUAGGAGGCUCAAUGGCUGCAGGAAGCCCAUCACUUAAAGCAGAGGAACUUACCGAACAUCAAGACCAGUCUCCUGGUAGUCCUAAAGCAGCUCCCCCUGCAUACUCACCACUUUCCACUGAUUCUUCAUUGUUCUUAGGAAGUUCAGAUGCCCCAAGAAGCUUACCAAUGAAAGCAGAAGAACUUACAGAAUAUCAAGACAAGUCUCCUGUUAGUCCCAAAGUUUCUCCUCCUGCUUACUCACCACUUUCUUCUGGUUCAUCAUUUUUAUUAGGAAGCUCUGUAGAUCCUAAAAGUGUUUCAAUUAAAGGUGAUGAACCUACCCAAAAACAAGACAAGUCUCCGGCUAGUUCCAAAGCAGCAUCGCCAGCAUGCUCGCCACUAUCGUCUUAUUCGCCAUUAGUCUUAGGAAGCUCACAAGCACCGGAAAGCAUGUGCUUUAAGGCAGAGGAACCUUCACAAAUGCAGAAGUCUCCUACCACCCCAAAAGCAGAAUCUCCUGCAUGCUCUCCACUUUCUUCAGAUUCGUCAUUUAUUAUGGAAAGCUCAAUUACACCUCACAGUUUGCCAGUUAAAGUUGAAGAACCUUCACAACAACAGGACAAGUUUUCAGUCAGUCCCAAAGUAGCUUCCCCUGCAUACUCAGCACUGUCCUCUGAAUCAGCUUUGUUCUUAGGAGGCUCAAUGGCUGCAGGAAGCCCAUCACUUAAAGCAGAGGAACUUACUGAACAUCAAGACCAGUCUCCUGUUAGUCCAAAAGCAGCUCCCCCUGCAUACUCACCUCUUUCCAUUGAUUCAUCAUUGUUCUUAGGAAGCUCAGUUGCUCCAGGAAGCUUACCAAUGGAAGCAGAGGAACUUACAGAAUAUCAAGACAAGUCUCCUGUUAGUCCCAAAGUUUCUCCUCCUGCUUACUCACCACUUUCUUCUGGUUCAUCAGUUUUAUUAGGAAGCUCAGUAGUUCCUAAAAGUUUUUCAGUUAAAGAUGAGGAACCUGCCCAAAAGCAAGACAAGUCUCCUGCUAGUUACAAAGCAGCAUCGCCAGCAUACUCACCGCUUUCAUCAUAUUCAACUGACUUUGAAAAGAAGUGUACUUCUUCAUGUUCUCCAGAGCAGGAGUCCAGGAAGCAAGACUUCAGAGCUGCAGACUCAUGCAAAAAGACUCUCUCACCACAGUCCCGACAUGAUGUUGACUUGUGUUUGGUCACUUCUUGUGAAUACAGGCACCCUAAAACAGAACUGUCUCCCUCCUUCAUUAAUCCCAGCCCCCUGGAGUUCUUCGCUAAUGAGGAUAACUCUCAAAAAGAUGACAAGCCUUUAACACAGUCUGGUGGAGGGCAGCCCCCAUCUGGAGGAAAGCUUCAUCCAAGGCAGUGCGAUGAAACCCCACCAACUUCAAUUAGCGAGUCAGCCCCAUCUCAGACAGAUUCGGAUGUGCCUCCAGGCACUGAAGAAUGCCCUUCCAUUACCGCAGAUGCCAACAUAGACUCAGAAGAUGAGUCUGAAACUCUUCCUACAGACAAAACUCUUACAUACAGGCAUAUGGAUCCCCCACCAGUCCCGCUCAGAGACCCAGCUCCUUCCGCUCCUCACCCUGAUGUCUGCAUGGUCGACCCUGAAGCGAUCCCUAUUGAGCAGAACCUAGGGAAGCCCUUGAAAAAAGACAUCAAAGAAAAGACAAAGACCAAAAAGCAGGGCACUAAGACCAAGUCUUCCUCGCCAGCAAGGAAAAGCGAUGGCAAGACUAAACCGUCAUCUGCCAUCACAAAGACUAAUGCUGCAAAGGAAACAUUAGAUAAGGUUUCAAAAGUAGCUUCUCCAAAGAAGAAAGACUCAACAGGAUCCAAGUCAAGUGCCAAUUCUGAUAUAAAGCAUGCUGAGGAAAAAGAUGCUAAGAAUGCUACCAAUACCUCGGCUUCAAAGGGUACAAAAAGUGCUACCACUGGUUCUGGUAAUAGUAAAGCUUCCAGUGGAGCAGCAGCUCCCCCUGGACCCCCUGUAUACAUGGACAUGGUAUAUAUUCCAAACCACUGCAGUGCCAAGAAUGUGGAUGCUGAGUUUUUCAAGAGAGUGAGAUCUUCUUAUUAUGUUGUAAGUGGCAACGACUUGGCAGCUGAAGAACCCAGCAGAUCUGUCCUGGAUUCCCUGCUGGAGGGGAAGGCUCAGUGGGGUAACAACAUGCAGGUUACUCUCAUCCCAACCCACGACACUGAGGUGAUGCGGGACUGGUACCAGCAGACUCACGAGAAGCAGCAGGACCUGAACAUCAUGGUGUUAGCAAGCAGCAGCACCGUGGUCAUGCAAGACGAAUCUUUCUCUGCUUGCAAGAUUGAGCUGUAAUCCCAGGAACCCCAAGCCAUGCAUUGAGUCUGCUUUCCUUAGUGAACCCUUCAAUGUAAAGAACAAAAACAAAAAACAAACUUUCAGAUUGAUUUGAAACAGGUAGAAACGAAAAAACUGUACCAUACAACUGGUGAUGCAAGUCACUAACUCAUUUUUUAAUAACUAAGGCACAUAUUCCUUAAACAGGAUUCAGGCUGCUGUCACAUGAUGUAGAGUCAAUGGAAAGUGAUUUGACUGAAUUGUAGAACCAUGUACAGUGUAUCUCUUUCUUACAGGUGAUAAAACAUCAGACUGUUGGGACAGGCACGCAAGUGGAUGUAUAAAGAGGUGGGCUGAAUCUGCACGUGCAGCAGUUUGAAUCAUGUUUUAGACAACGUUUUAAUUAAUAUGCAGAGGUAACCCAAGGCACGCUCCCACUGAAACAACUUAAACUGUCUUAGUUCUUCCCGUGCUAUAAUGUAAUUUAAUCUUGAGAAACCUGCACGUUCGUUAACAACCACAAAACAGAGCAAUGGCUAGUACCCUGAAGCAAAGACCAGAGGAUAUGGGAGCACACAUUCUGUAAAAUGUGCUUAGAAAGGGACUUGAAUGUAAGAGGCAGUUGAUGCACUUAUUUUUUUAAUGUGAAACAGCAGGUGUAUGAAAUAGACAAAAACCAAACAAACAAGAUCAGUAGCAACAUCCAUGUAGCAGUUUAGAAAAGAGUGCAGAGGUGUGGCUGCCUGUUUUUAUGUGUGGUGCCACAAUGUCCUUCUAACAAGCCUCUCAGCUACGUAUUUUGUUUGAAACGGUGAAAACGUAUCUUAUUCGCAAAGAUUUUCUUUCAAGGAAUAUUUGUCCCACUGAACAAAACAAUACUGAAAGUUUUAAAAUUCAAACCUUUGAAAAUGUUUUUUGGUUUUUUAAGCAAUCUGAUGAUAAAGUGUUGAUGAGUUUCCUAUUAUAUGUAAGUUGUUGGUUUUGAUAUUAUUUUAACGUUUGGAAAAUCGGUACAGCUCUGUUUGUAAGGAAGUUCUUUUUUUUUUUUUUAAAGAAUGAAUGUAAUUUGAAUCGUGGUAUUUUAAUGCUGUCAAGGUUGGUGUCAAGGCUAAGCCAGAACUGGUCUCCAGACCUAGGUGUCAGAUUGUAUUGGCAAAACACAGUUGUAAGUCUAGUUAAGAAUUUGUCUUGUUGCCAUAUUCAAGAUAAGGAACGGAAUCACUUUAAAAUGAACUGCGUGAUUCCCAUUUUUGAGUAUAAGAACAAUAACCCAAACCUGAGAUUUCAAGGCUGCGUGAUGGGCAUUUGCUUGAAAGGUUUGCUUAAUAUAAAGUUCCAUCCAGCAGCUACGUUCAUUUGCACUUUUGUUUUUAUUUGGCUGUUCACUGUAUUUCCAGAACUGUAUGAUUGUGUUUUUAGAAGGUAGAUGCCUUCCUAAAUAGUGACCUCAUUUGAUUUGUCUACAUUGUCUAAUUAGGAUUGUUUACUCUAAGCAAAUGUUUUGCACUUAAGUUAACUUUAGCCUUUAAACCUGAGACGAGAGUAUUGCUUACUUUAAUUCUUCACUGUCCUCUGAAUAUAUUCCUUAAUGUUUUCAUUCAUGCAUCAGCUUGUAGCGCGGGCUAUAUUUCACAACACUAGGUCUUAUUGCAUUAUGACUGUCAACAGGGCUCAUUUUUAGGAUGUAAACUUCACUUUGGUAGUAAAUGUGGUGUUGACCAAGAGCAUUUCAAUUCCAUUUCUUUUUCAAUUGGUUGGAGUAAUCAAAGUUUAAAUAUAUUUUCUUGGAAGGUAUGGAUUACUACAAUUCCUUAGAGACACACAAACAGCUAAUGAUUUUAAAAGGCUGACUUAAGGCCUACUUGAAUGUGACUUGUUUGUUAACUGAGAUCAUUUCUUAUCUUUUGGAAGGUUCCUUGGAAUUUUUUUAAGAACUGUACUAUAAUUAUAAAUAGACUUCAGGCAGGGUGAAUGGUUUGCAACAGGAUGCGCACGUGCUAUGUGUAAUAUAUUUAAGUUUUGGAAAAACAAAAUGAAAAAGAAAAAAUGUUUUGAAUGGGAUGAAAGUGUGCACACCCUGGCAACAAGGUUUACUAAAAUAAAAAAAAUAAAAAAGUCAUAGCCACACAACCCACCCUGCUUCAAAAUAAGAAAAAGGCAUGCAAGCUCUCUUUACCUCUCUCCUGACAUGUAAGGAAAUGAACAAGAGCUUCCUGCAGUCAGCACCCCUUGCAUUUCUGUAAAGAUAUUCUGAGAGGGUAGAGACGUUGCAGGGUGAAUACAGCUGGGAGUGUUAUAGAGACGGUACUUAGUUUAACCAUGCGGAUCUCAAAGUGCGCUGCCUUCAGCUUUCAUACUGCCUCCUCUGCAUAAAAGCCUGCAAUGAAAAGUCUACACCAUCACCACUCAACACUAGCGCAAUCCUUGUAAUAAACAGGCGACUGUCACAAUAAAUACGAUCCUGACCUAAGUUAUGCUGAUAAAGAGGGAUCAUACACUUAUUUGUACACCCGGACUGAAAUUAUUUUCAGUAAUCCUUUUUUACUUUAAAGGAUAAACUGUGCAGCAAUUAUUGCUGUGUCUAGAAUAUUUGACCUGCAUUAACCACAAACUAGCUACUAUAAUACUGUUUAUAUUUAAGUCUGUGACAUUUUUAAUUCCAAAUAUUCUUGGAAAAUGGAUAUCCCACUGCUAUUUAAGUCUUCAACUCUACGACACAUUAAGUCCAUUGCAGUUCACACAGCACUGAACUGCAACUUACAGUAAACACAGUAACAAAAACUUUCAACUUUCAAACACAUGCAUGAACGUCUUACCUUUCCGUCGUACAGUACACAUUCCUACCAGUCUUAAAUAACCAGCUGGGAAUCGAUUCACACUACUGGCUCUCCUUCCGGGUGAUUGUUUAUGUGUCCGUCAGCAGCUGUGUGUGUGGUAUUUAUGUCUUAUAAUCCUGCAUCGUUCUAUUCUAUCCAGUCAUGUCCGUAGAGAUUAGUUUUAAGUGGAAGUAAUAUGUAGUGCUUUUCUGAUAUUUGUGUGCAAUAUCUCCCUCUCCCACUGAGGAAUUUGAUGUAAACUACUACAAAAAAAUGAAGGAAAAAAAAUUCACAAUAAAAACAAAAUGUGGAAACUGA